AUGCCGCGCCCGGCGGGAAGGCACCGGGCGGUCGCGGGUUCCGCUUCCGGGUCGGCAUUUUCCCCGCGUCCCGGGCGGGAAAUGGAGGCGCCGCCGGAGCCGGAGCCGGCGGGCGCGGGGCCGGGGGAGGCGGGCGCGGGGCCGGCGGACCCGGGGCCGGCGGACGCGGCGCGGCGGGACCCGCGGGUGCGCUGCUGCUCGCGGCGCCGGCUGGGCGCCUUGCUGGAGCUGUGCGCGCCCUUCGUGCGGGCCCUGGCGCAGGGACAGCCCGGCGGGGCCGCCGCCGAGGCAGACGUGCUCUGGAACUUCGAGACAGCGGUGCGGGAGAACGUCACCAUUAACGGGCAGCCCUGGGAGGAGGCCUCGGAUGACUCCCGGCUGCAGAGCGAUUCCAAUAUUCAAAUUCUGGAGGAUGAAUUUGAUGAAUUAAUAGUAGAGACAGCAACUAGGCGUAAACAGUGGCCUAAAAAGAUCCUGGUGCAUGCUAUCCAAACCAUGAAAGCAGAGCAAGAGAUGUUGAAGCUCUACCAGCCUGUGGUAAAACCAGCAGACAUAAGACCUCAGCCUUCUCAAGAUGCUUACAUCGCAGAUCUGAAGCAGGCGACGGAGGUGGCAUCCAAACAGAUCAGCGAAGCAAUGCAGUCUAUUCCAGCACUCAUAGAAAAAGCAGAAGGUUUUUCCCAAGCAUUGACUUUGCAACCAGCCUUGGAACUCUGCAAGCUGCGGCAAGAAGUCUUUUCUGGUUUCAAGGUGAAGGAGGAAAACGAUGUCCAAAAUUCAGUACCACCAGGAGAAGUCACACCAACAGGAACUGUUUGCAGUAAAAAUCCUUAUGUUUUGCUGAAAAGAAGAAAAGCUGCAGGUUCCCCUGAGAGAAAGCGCUACCCACUGCGGCGGAGGAAGAUCACUCUCAGUGCUUGAAUUUCUCAUUUUGUGUUUUCACAUUGGAAUCUCAGUUGUACUUUUGUUCCAUGUGUUCCAUCUUUUUUCUUAGAACUCAUCUCCCCUCAGUACUAUACAUGGGAGCAUCUUUAAUUUAAUUAGUCUUUGACCUCUUAAAUGUUUCUAUUUUUGCUGACAUGCUGAUGGUGUAUGGUGCAUGUACCAGUAGCAUCCAAUAUCCAGCAAGUAUAUUUGCCAUUUAACUCAUUUUUUGCUCUUAUAUUGCAGUUUUUAGCUUGAGUCCUUGUGCUUCUCAGAGUUUGUGUGCAUGCUUUAUGUAUGUGGGCAGUCUUUCAGGAAACCACUAACUGCUCAUUUAUAUUCAGCAUGUCUCUAAAGAGGUUGGAGAAUGUCUAGUUCUCCUAAUGCACCUUCAUUAAUUACUGAGGCAUGUGGCUUUUAUGUUAAUUAAUUAAUUUACACUGCAGCAUAUUGAAAUCACCAAAUUUGAUGCAAUGUUGGAGUUUUAAGGAAGUCCAUGCACACAUGUGACAUUAAUCCUUGCUAUUCUACCUUUCCUGAAUGUAGGUCAUUUAGGCUUAUUUAUAGUCAUGUUUGUUGAAAUUUGGAUUUUUAGUAAUUGUAUGUAUUUAAUUGCAGUGUGCUCUUCUGAACACAAAUUCAACCAUCAACAUCUUAGGGUCUGAUAUAUCAUUUAAUGUAAUCCAGUUAUGCACCUGGGGUUUUCCUGAGCAAUAUGUCUGCCCAAGAAAGGAUCUGGACUUGGGUUAUGUUUGCAUUUUGUUGUUUGACUAAGCUUUAAAGAUCAGUAGAGGCUACCAGUUAAUGGUAUUCACUUGAGCUAGCUUACUUUUGUUUUCUUCACUCAUGAGUGCCUAGAAUAUUGGAAAUUAGUACUAAAUUGAGUAUUGUGCCUUAACCAUUUAUAACUUUUUCUAGUUUAUGGUUGCAUGUGCCUGCAGUAAAUACUACUGUCUAGUAUGUAACAUAUUUGUUACACAGUAAAUAGAGGGGGGGUUUUAGAAGCUUUAUUAAUGACAUGUUUGGUGCUAAGAAAACAGAUUUUAGCAUCAUUUAUUUUGUAAAAGUGAGCAUCUGUACUGAGACUUUGUAUAUGUAAUCAUAUGUAAAUAUUUUUCCUGACCUUGUAUAUAGAAAUGUGUGUUUUUAUAUGAAGUAAAUUAAAUCAAUUAAGGAAGAUCAAAGCUUCAGAUAAUAUUGUCAGUUCUAAUCCUGGAAUAGAUGGUGGCUGAGCAGUGAGCGUACUUCAGAGGACAUCUGUGUUAAAUUCUGGCUUGAGUAACUGAAGUAGUUCCAUUUACUGCCUUUGAACUCACAAGUGUUAUUAAUCUCGGGGCUGCAAAGCUUCUCGUGUGAGAGAGGACAGGAUGUGAGGGACUGGAGCUGCAGGGCUGUGGAGCGUGUGGCUCAGACAGCUUCUCACACAGCCACUUGCUAUUUUGAGUGCCCGCGCUCUGUGCGGCGUUGGAAAUCCCUGCUGCAGCUUUCUUCACACAGAUCCUGGGUGAUGCUGGGCUAAGGUGAGCCCUGCAAGAUUCUGCAUGGCAACUAUUACAGUAUUUGGCCAUUUCCUCUGUUAAUAGGAAGAUUCCCUGCUCUUUGCAAAUGAUAGGCAAGUACAGAAUAGGUAUCUCUUUGAAGAAAUUCUGUCAGAAAUAGCUGGGGUAGGACAAAAGCCAUAAGAAAUAAAAAGGGAAAGCACUGUGGUUUAAGACUUGAUAAAUAAAUUCAUAGAUUCACAUUACUUUGCAUGUUUCUGUUUAGAGAUCAGGGGAUAGUUGGCCUGCACAGGAUUUCAAGUAAGUGGAAAUGGAUGCCCUGAGUUAGAGCAGUUGGUCUUCUGUUCCAUAGCCUGUGUUGCAACUGCAGCUGAGUGGAAGAAGAAAAAUGCAUCCAGAAAUGCUGGCCAAGUAGACUGUGUAAGAAAAAAAGAAAGCAAUCAAAAUUCCAAGUGCAGUGUAUAAACUAGGAAUUUAAAAAUGUGAUGGCUACUUUUGGCCAAGCAUCACUGGAAAGAGAACCUUCCUUUAAAUGCAGGUUCUGUGAUGAGUUGAACUUAACAUGAAUGUUCAGUAAUUUUUCCAAUGGUUAUUAAAAAUUCUACAGCCAGUGAUACCUGCAACUAGCUGUUCUUCCCACUGGCAGAAAUGUAUAAAACACUUCAUUUUUCCCCAGUCCAGUAGCCUUUUGUCCUUCAGUUAACUUUUCGUAGGAAUUGGCAGUGUUGUGCAAGACAUGUCUAAUCAGGCUUCUACUGAAAUGUCACAACAGCCAAGCUUCUUAUUUUUAACUUGGGGCGAAUUGGUAUUGCAUCAAGAAAUGUCUGGUAGUUUUUCUUUAUAUAGCCUCUGAAUUUUGUAAGACAGCUCAACAGUGAUGGAUGCUUGGGUUCAUUUGCAAACUGAAUGUUUGAAUUUCUUGGCUUUUGGGGGUGAGACAGAACAUCUCACUGUUAGUGUGUCCUGUCUGCAGUGUGCUUUUUGCUCAUGAGGCUAGGCCAUCCCCAACCAAGAAAAACUUGCAAAUUGGAGCAGCAUCCAUGCGUGCUUUUGCGGUGUGUACUUUCUGAACAAAGGGGAUUACGAACUCUAAAGGGGAAGCUCCUCUUCCAGAAAUCUUCACAUGGACCCUGACAUCUGUUUGGAAGUCUGGGUGCUCUGAGACCCAGUUCUGACACGUGCCAUUCUCCAGAAGAGCCAUGCUGUGCUAAGCUGUGAUCAGAAACUAGUCUGCAUGUGUGUAGGCUGCUUCAGUGCACAAAAAAAUCACUGAUAAACUGCCAUUAUAAAAUGUAAGCUAAGCUGACUAAGCUGCUUUCUGGGCUGGUUUUCUCUCCUGCACAGACACACUCUGCCUUUACUGCACUACCUGGAAUUACUGUGUAGGCAUUUCUACAGAUGUACCAGAGAUAGCUUUAAUACGAAGUAGAAACUUGUUCCCACAAGCGAAUUUUGACUUGUCAUUUCCUUUGUCAUUUGUUCUGAACAAGAACAGACUAUUCAGGCUCAAGGGGACUGUCCCCUGGCUUGUCGCAUGCUCGUGUUAUCCUGGAAACCUUAUUCUGCAGCUGCUGGGAAUUACUCAGUGAAGUGGAUAUUUACUCAGGACUAAUAAAUUCUUGGUGAGCUGCUCAUGA